CGGCGCGCUGCGCGGAAGAGCAGCGUGUUUAGUGUUCUCCACCAUCGUUUCCUUGGAAAUCCUACUUUGUGAGUCAUUAUGGCCUCAGAUGACAUCGCUCAGCUGGCUGAUGCUCUUUCAAAGACCCACGUCAGUGAUGGAGAGUUAAGCUAUAAAGGCCUGGGACUGAAGCUGGACAAUGCGGAGUCAGUGAAGAAGCUGGUCCGUGAGAUAGAGCAGUACCAGGGUCUGAGAGCUCUGCGUCUGGAGGGGAACACCAUAGGAGUGGACGCAGCACAAGCCAUUGCAAAGGCUCUGGAGAGCAAAGAUCUGCUCCAGAGAUGCUACUGGAGUGACAUGUUCACCGGAAGGUUGCGCUCUGAAAUCCCGACAGCCCUGAGGUCUCUGGGCUGUGCACUGAUGAGUGCAGGAGCGCGGCUGACCGAGCUGGACCUGAGCGAUAAUGCCUUCGGACCAGAUGGUGUGAAGGGAAUCGAGCAGCUGCUGAAGAGCCCGUCCUGCCACACCUUGAGGGAGCUGAAGCUUAACAACUGUGGCAUGGGGAUCGGAGGAGGAAAGAUCCUGGCUGAAGCUCUGAUGGAGUCCCACAGACAGUCAUCAGCGCUCGGAGCUCCACUCAAACUGAGAGUAUUCAUCGCGGGGAGGAACCGCCUGGAAAAUGAAGGAGCCAGAGCCCUGGCUAAGGCCUUUCAGCUGAUGGGCAGCCUGGAAGAAGUCCACAUGCCUCAGAACGGCAUCAACUACGCAGGUGUGAUGGCGUUAGCUUCAGCAAUGAGACACAACCCGGAGCUCCGCGUCCUCAACUUCAACGACAACACUUUUACCAAGAAGGGGACGCUCGCCAUGGCACAGGCUCUGAGGCACCUCAGGAACAUUGAGGUGAUCAACUUUGGAGACUGUCUGGUCCGCUCUGAAGGCGCCAUCGCCCUCGCCGCCGUCCUCAGAGAGGGGCUACCGGUCCUCAAGGAGCUCAAUCUGUCGUUCGGCGAGAUCACGGAGGCAGCGGCUCUGGUGGUGGCUCAGGCUAUCACGGACAAACCUCACAUGGAGAAAGUGGAUCUGAACGGUAACUGUCUGGGAGAGGAGGGCUGUGAGGCUCUGAGGGAAACUAUGGAAAACAUGAACAAAGGAGACAUGCUGGCAUCACUCAGUGAUGAUGAGGGAGAACCUGAUGACGAGGAUGAAGAAGAUGGUGAUGACCGUGAGGACAAUGAUGACGCCAGUGACGACUGUAAUGACAGUGAAGAGGACGGCGAAAUUGUGAAGGAAAAUGGAAUGACAAGAAAAGACAACAGUCCUGAAAAACCUCAGAGCCAUCCAGAGAUCAUGUCUUUCCUCAGCUGUCCCUCUGCAGACAGGCUCCUUCAGCUGGGAGACAUGAGGACAAACCUGCAGCAACAGGUGGAUGCAACCGAUCCACACAAAGCCGCUAAUGUCCUUCUGAAAAUCGCCUCUUUGUACAGCGAGGAACCAGAGACCAAGACUGCCGUCCUUGAAACUAUUGACGCUGUGAUGAAGAAGCUCCUCUCUGGCUCCGCCCUCCAGUCGCACUGCUUCCUCUCCACGCUGCUGGUCAUGAUGGGACUCCUGAAGGGAGAGGGGAAGGUGAAAAAGGUUCCGCUGGUCCCAGGUCAGCUGUUGUGUUUGGAGCACGCCGUCCAGCAGGAAUACUUCCCCCAGCAGCACGCCGCGCUGCUUCACACCUUCGUUUCCAAGAACAGUGAAGCUCUGGAGUCGUGCAGCAGCGCCGGUGAGAGGCUGAGCUCCACUCUGGAGAAGAGGCGCCACGACCAACACUGAUCUUGACGACUGACCACUGCCAGCACCGACACUGGGACACAUACACACACUGUACUGACUGUAACAGGAAGCUUUACACUUGAACAAGGGACUCGAACAAACCACUUAAUGCAUCUCCACUUCUGAUUUGUAUAUUUUAUGAAGGCAAAAACUGUCCAGAAUGUCUUAGUUUUUAUUUUUCUACAUAUGCUUGUGACUUAUAUUUUUUAUAGAAAAAUUUAGAAAUACACAUCAGGUAACUUUGAGUUAAUGUGUAAAGAAUGAUUGUAACCUGGAGUGGAGCGAACAUUGGAUAAUAUCAAUCAGGCACUUUUUGCAACAUUUUAUUUAGUUAUUCAGUACAUAAGUUUAGAAUUCACUGUUUAACAACAACAAAACAUUGUGUCUAUUUCAGACACGGCUGCUAAGGCCCAGACACACCAACAUUAAAGAACAAGAGCCAACGGUUGCAUGUCCUCAUGUCGCCUGUGUCUCAGCCAAAAGCUUGCACAUGAACACACCGCAAAGACUACAGCCGAUGGCCAACCAGCACAUACAUUUUGCACCUGCAUGAGAGGAAAUAUCUCUCCAUAUCAGCAGGAGGCAGUCACCUGUAAUCGUCAUUCAAAAAGGGAAAGAAGGGAGACUGUCUUUAUGCUAGUUUGCCAGUUAGCACAUUAACAACAUAACCAAAUUAACCGUCAGGAAACAUUUCUGCUUAAGAGCUCAGUGGCUAAAGAAAUACUGACUUACCUUAGAAAACAAGUCUGUUUCCACUGGACUUUAGUUUACUUUCCUCACUGAUGUCUCUCUUCUCGUGCACUGAUCUGAGCUGCCAAUCAGAGAGAUCUCAUUCACCAAAUGGCCCCGCCAUCUCCAACAACAAUUUAAUAUCCAAAAGUUGAGUAUGAAAACAGAAAAGGGCCAAUGGUGUGGGACACACCACAGCGACUACAGUGACAGAUGCUCAAAGACGGCUGAUUGUGGCCUUGGUGUGUCAGGGCCUUUACACAGCCACGGAAAUGUCUCAUUUUACAAAUUAUUUCCAGGUCUCGGUGACUGUGGAAAAAGCACAAUAAAUUUUGGCAAAGAAUGGCAGAUAUUGUUACGGUGUUGUGAUAGAACCCACAGCUACAGACCUGCUGACUAUUUUAGACCUGUAUCUAUUUUACAUGUUGAUAUUUGCUGCUGUUAUUGAGUGCUGGAACAGAAACAGAAGGACAAUUAUUCAUUUGAAUCAUUCUGAAUAAAGACAUUACAAUCUAUGAAUCAAAAUAAAUACGUCAAAAAUAAAAAACUUA